AUGCAAUUACCAACUGUUUUUUCUUUGACUUUUUCGUGCUUGAUCGCUGUUUCGAGUGCAUUGCCUGCGUCAUACUCUUCAUCGAUGAAUGACCCACUUCUUUCUAGUCUUGGACUUGGUACCAUGGGAAUGGGAAUGAACGGUAUGAAUGGAAUGUACGGAGGUAUUCCACCACCGAUGCCACCGCCCGGAAUGAGCCCAUACGGAAUGGGAGGAUAUGGAAUGAUGGGACCCAUGGGAGGAAUGGGUGGAAUGAGCCCAUAUGGAUCAGGAAUGUCUCCAUAUGGAAUGGGAGGCUAUGGAUCUCAGAUGUCUUUCCCGUUCAUGGGUAAGAAGAAGUAA